UUCUUCAUCUACAUAUCAAGCAAAACUCUAUAAAUUGUCAAUAGCUUAUUCUCCCUGAACAUCAAGAAAUCACAAAAAGGGACAUUUCUCGUCAUUUUAACAUGAUUAUUUUACUGUCGGUGCAUAAAAAUUAAACUCUUUCUGUCCGUGCAUAAAAAUGAGGUUUAAGAGGGUAGCAGCGGCAUUUGAUGAGGUGGCAAAGGCGAGAUUUUGCGAAAGCAGUGGUAGCGAGCACUCGUCGGUUGAGAGCGUGACAGAUUUGUACGGUCUUGUAAAUUCGUUUAUUGAAAGAGGAAAUGGUUUUAGAGGAGGAAGAAAUGAAGAAGAGAUUAUUGAUAAUGAUAGAGAUAAUUUAGUAGAAAAUGGAUUAAGCAAUAAUUGUUGUGAUGAUUUAGAGAUUAAGGAUAAGUUAAGGAAAUUGUUAGGUUAUGAAGAAAGUGAUUAUGUGAAGAGAAAUAUUCAUUCCGUCGUGGAAAAUGCAUGGCUUGAAAUCGGUGAUCGGAGUACGGUGGAGUUCAAACGGCGGUUGAUGACUCGGUUGCGUAAUAGAGGAUUUGAUGCUGAUCUGUGCAAAUCAAAAUGGGAGAGAAAUGGUCAACUUCCAUCUGGAAAUUACGAGUACAUUGACAUUAACAUGAACGAAAAUCGCUAUAUAAUCGAAGUUUAUCUUGCCAGAGAAUUCGAAAUAGCUAGACCAACACCCUACUACACUUCAUUGCUCGAGAUUUUCCCUUCAAUAUUUGUUGGAAAAGUGGAAGAAUUGAAGCAAGUGGUGAAACUAAUGAGUAGAGCUACAAAGAAAUCAAUGAAGAAAAUGGAUAUUCAUGUUCCACCUUGGAGACAACUUAGUUAUAUGCAAGCUAAGUGGUUUGGUUCUUACAAAAGAACAAUCAAUGAGUUCUUGUUAGAUGAUGAUAACAAGAAUCUUGAUUUUUCUUACAAGUGUUUGGCUAAGAAAAGAGCAGUAGGUUUUGUGUCCAUCCCAACAAUUUCUUUCUAUUGCAGAGAAAACUUUGCUUCUAACAAUGGUAUAAAAGUUGGAAACUUGGCUGCAGCUUUAAAUGGAUGAAGUUUGCUCUAUCUAAUAGCCAUAGUUGAGUAGAUAGUUAGGCUACUAGAGGUGGAGAUCACAUCACCCUUUGUAGCAAUAGUAGAGAUCAAUAUAACUACAUUCAAACAUAUUCCUCUGUGGCUGGCCACAGUGGCUAGGAAAGCUCCGGAGAUUCUAUGGGAAAUUGAAAAUGUUGAAGGCAAAGGGAGGUAAGGCUUUGAAGCCGUAACUUGUUGUUUUUUCCAUCACCCAAUCCACAACAAAUUAAAUGAAACCUGUUGAUAAAGAAGCAAUUUUUUGUUUAGAUGUGCUCGGCAGAUGCUAAAGCCAAAACAUGGUGGCAACAAUUGAUCGAGCUGAUUCCAUCAUGCUUUUCAUACAUGGAUGAGUCUACCAAUUCCUCUACCACGCUCUUGGAUGUUGUAAUUCCUCUUUUUCUUCAAUGAGAAUAUAAAGAAAAGUAGCAAUUUCGCCCUGCAGUGCCACUUGGUGUUUGAGCAGUAUAUAGUUGGAGGGGAUACCGCAUAUGUUACUUCCUGUCUCGAAAUAUAUGUAUUAAUUUUUUUUAGUUAGUUGUCAGCACCCAUUUUUGCAAAGAAGAAAAAAAUGGGUGUAGUUGUAUGUGCACUCACCAAGUUAAAAUACUAGACCAUUCUUUGUUUGCUGCAAUUAGUAAGUCUAGUUUAAUGGAGAUGAAAAGAAUUUCUCCUAAUUUGGGGAAUGAGUGUUUUUUCCUUGUUUAGUAUAGCGGGUUUAGGUUUGUAGUUAUGUAUUUAUUGAUUUUAUUAUGUGCGAGUUCUCUUAUAGCUUUGUAGAACUUCGUUUUCUUGUGAGUACUAUCGACAAAAACCAUUCAGAUUUUACA